CUCAUUUGCAUUUCAAGUGAAAUCAUUUGACAAAUGUUUUGAAUUGCGGUGAAAAUGACACUAAAAUGAAGUCAACGCUUGUAUUGAUGUGACUAUAAAUCGGUGGUUAUAUUGAGUGACAAUGGAUUGGGCGGUGAAGAGGUUUGGGUUGUUGUUGAUGAAGUUGAGAGCACUUCCACUGAACAACAAGUCGUUUGUCAUAAUUGUCAUAAUCCUGGUCUUCAUGUCCUUCCUAUUGAUUGGAUAUUUAUGUCCGGAAGGCGUCUGUCCUCACAAUUCGUGGUCAAUACCAGACCAACACUCGGACCGAAGUGUCUUCAGAGACAAUUUGGGUCAGUCUUUGUCGCAGUCAUCACAUCCUCUCAAUCACCAUAAGAUGUCUUUUGAUGAUAUGGUUAAUGCAAAUGAGUUCGUCUUCGACAUCAAAGGCAAUGAUGUCAUUGUCUUCCUUCACAUCCAGAAGACUGGCGGAACCACUUUCGGCCGCCAUUUGGUGCGAGACUUGGACUUAGAGAAGCCGUGUCUUUGCAAAAGGGGUCGAAAGAAGUGCCGAUGCGUUCGUCCGGACUCUGAGGCCAAACUGUGGCUCUUCUCGCGAUACUCGACCGGUUGGAAGUGUGGUCUUCACGCGGACUUUACUGAACUGAUGGGUUGUGUCGACAAUGCGUUGGAUGAGAGCGAAAGAGUGCGAACAAAACGGCGCUAUUUCUACAUAACUCUACUCCGAGACCCGAUCUCCCGGUUUGUGUCGGAGUACAGACACGUGCAAAGAGGCGCCACUUGGAAGACAUCCCGUCAUAUGUGUGGCGGACGGGUGCCCACCAAACAAGAGCUGCCCUCUUGUUACUCGGGAACUGAUUGGAGAGACGUGACGAUCGAGCAGUUCAUUAACUGUGAGCACAAUCUGGCCAUCAAUAGACAGACCCGGAUGUUGGCCGACCUGACACUCGUGGGCUGUUAUAACAAGUCAUUGAUGAGUGCGCGGGAAAGGGAUGUAAUACUGCUCGCGAGUGCCAAAGAGAACUUGAGGCGAAUGGCGUUCUUCGGUCUCUGCGAACAGCAAAAGAGAUCCCAAUAUUUAUUUGAAAUGAGUUUUCAUUUGAAUUUUUUGGAGCCAUUCGUUCAGUUAAACGAAACGCACAGCACUUUAACGUACAGUCAUUUGAGCGCCGAUUUAGUGAACAAAAUCAAAGCCUUAAAUCAUUUGGACAUUGAAUUGUAUGACUUCGCCAAACAAUUACUGAUGGAUCGGUUCCACAAAAUGAAAAACUCAGACCAAAACUUUGCGUUCAAUUUCGAUCAUUUAGGGAUUGAAAGACUGUGUGAAAGGAUGGCGAAGGCAUUGAAGACAGAGUUUGUGAUCGCUUUGGACGAAGACUCCGAUAGCGAAGACAUUGAGGACAUUGAGGACAUUGAGGACAUUGAGGACAUUGAGGACAUUGUGGACAUUGAGGUGACAGACCUGACCGGUGAUAACGAUGUGAUAAGUACUGAAACUAUUGAUGAAAGUGUUGCCAAAGUGUUAGACUCAGUGAUCGAAUCGGUGGCCACACUGCCACUACUCGAUGACAUGAGACACGACAAUGAUGUCCAAGAAGUGGACAUAGAGUUAGAGUCGAGAGCAGACAAUACGAGCAAAGAGUUGUCAUCUGUUGAGCGCUUUAUACCCAAUCGAUCGGCUUCUCCGGUGUUUACGUCGGACUCAUUCAUACCCCUCUCGACAGCCGCCACAGCCUCUUACAGCCGAUACUUAAACCGCAGCAGAAAUGCUGACACCAGAGCUAAUGCCACCACAAGUAGUGAUAGACACGUCCGACCCAUUGAUGACGUCGACGACGUUGAUAAUCUCGAAGUCAAUAUCUGUAACAAUGAUUCGGAUGAUGAGGACUUGGAGGGCGAGGACUGUAUGGUUAUCGACGAUAUAACCACUCAUUUCGACGAUGAAGUGCACAAAGAGUUGUCCGACAAAGAGAUGGACGGUUCGGAUGACGAGAUUGAGUUCAUAGAAGAAUGCAAUUUACAGAACAAUUCAGACGAUAAGUCCAAAGAGAAACCUGUGAUCGAAGAUAAUGUGAUUGAUUUGAGUGAUGACGAAGAAGACUGUGUUAUUAUCAACGACUCAUUUACUGCCAAACGAAACAAAUUGACAGAAUAUGUGCCUGAACCUUUUUGGACUGACUUUGGUCCCAAACCAUUCAAACCAUGUGAGCCUUCAUCGCAAUCAUAUAUACCAUUCCUAGAGCCGAGCACUUCAUCCGGUUAUAGUGGAGGGAGUUCUGUAGCAAAACGUCCGCAUCCUUCUCACCACUAUAACAUGCAUUCCUCCACUUCUUCAUCCACUAGUGAUCUUCAGUAUACGGGUAGACCUUCAAUGGAGUCGACAUCCUAUACAAACAGUUCCAAUCGUUUCGUCAGCACUUAUGGUUCAAAAGUAGACGAAGAAAUUCCAUUCUUAUAUAACGAACCAAACAAUUCCACUUCCAGUGAUUUGGUGGACAGUUCGGACAUCAAUGAUAUCGAUCUGAUCGCUGAAUGUGUAAAACUGGACAAAAGUGUUGUCCGCAAUGUAUUGAAUCUGAUCGAAGACCAGUGCACCGUUCCGUUCAUUGUUAGGUACAGACAGUCGGCCAUCAGUGGUAUCGAUGCCGACAAAGUCCGUCGAAUUAACAUUGUUUACAAUGAAGUGAAAAGAGCUAAAGAAAGAGCCAAAGAAGUUGAGGCGACGCUCGCAAAACAGGGCCGAAUGAAUCCUCGGCUCAGUUUGGCUUUGAGUCGCUGUAAGAAUGUCUUCGAAGUCGAACAUCUCUAUAGGUUGUGUCGAAAUGAGAGCGAAUCCGCCGAAAAGUUUAGAAAUUUAGGUCUCAGUGACAGCGCUAUCGCUGUUCUCGAGGGACAGCGUCCCGAUCCCAACCAUUUCAUCAAGAGAUUUGCUGCCGAACUCGAUUGCCCAGAAUCUGUGACUGAGGGCUGGUGUGCCAUCAUCGCUGAUAUAAUCAGCAAAGACUGUGAUGUUCUUGAGUUUUUAAUCGCUGCUUAUAAACAAUACACUCCAAUACUAGCGGUAGACGAAAAUCCUGAGAAAAUAGAGCAAUUGAUUCGUGAAAAUGAUCCCAAAAACAUAGAGUUAUUGCAAAAGUAUCGGCGCUUUAAUUCGUUUAAGAAGCCAAUCAAUCAAAUCAACGCUCAUUCAUAUAUGGCUAUCGAAAGGGGCGAAUCCAUUGGCAUUCUUCACGUUAACAUAGAGUUCGAUACAAUUAUUUUGAAUAAAUUGACUGAUUAUUGUACUCUCAAGUGGAACCGUUGUAUUUCCACAUUUUUGGCCAAUUCUGUCAAAUAUGCGUUCAAUAAUCAACUGAAGCCUAGUCUUCAAGACUAUAUUCGAUGGGAAUUAAGACAUUCAUCUCAUAUGAUAGCUUUGGAUGUUUUCCGCAAUAAUGUCAAACGUUUACUCCUUGAGCCCCCACUCAGAGGCGAAUAUGUGAUUGGAGUGGACCCCGGAUUUGACUCCGGCUUUAAAGUAGCUCUCGUGUCCCCGUGGGGCGUUCCCCUGUUCUGUCGAGUGUUCAAACUGGAUAACAAACAUCACUGUCAGACCACUGCCGCACAACUUAAAGAUCUGAUGCUCUCAAACGGUUGUUCAGUAAUAGCUUUAGGCAACGGAACCGGAUGUCGAAGAUUCGAGAAUUUUUUGCUCAACUAUAAGAAAUCGGGUUACUUUAAUCCAAUUGAUGUCAAGUAUAAGAUCAUCAACGAGUCUGGAGUCAGCUAUUACUCAGUGACCAAUGAAGCCAAAGCAUCGUUACCUCAUUUUCACGAGCAGAUGAUUGGCGCCAUUUCUAUCGCCCGAAGACUUAUUGAUCCUUUGAGUGAAUUAGUAAAAGUAGACCCAAAGCGUCUUCAGGUCGGGAUGUAUAUGAAAGAUAUCGAUCAAAACGAUGUGAAGAGAGCUUUCCAUGAGGUGGCCGUCGAAUGUGUCAGCUUUUGUGGUGUUGAUGUGAAUGUGGCUUCUGUCGAGUUAUUGAGCAAAGUGGCGGCUCUGGAGCCCGCAAUCGCCCGAUUGAUCCAUGAAAAGAGAGAACGCGACGGACUCUUCAACAGUAGGUCUCAACUGAAAAACAUUGAUGGCAUCGGUUGGAAGCAAUUUGAGCAAUGUGCUGGAUUCAUUAAAGUGAUCACUUCCACCAGACGAUCACUUCUCGAUGUCUAUAAACAGGGCAAAGAGUGUGACGACAAAGCGAGCAAAAGAAUGGCCACUUCUACCGAUGAUUACGACCCGUUGGACUCGACUAUUAUACACCCGGAGUCGUACAGUAGUGCCAACGUUUACAUUGAAUUGAUUGGCGCCACGAAGGAUGAGAUCGGAAAACAGUCCAUUCGCGACCAAAUCAAGAAGUGCUACAAUCUAUACAGUCUGCCAGAGAUCGCAGAGCUAUGUAAUACCGUUCCCACGAAUAUGCGGCUCAUCAUCGAAGGCCUGUCCAAUAGUAUUGACUUUGAUUACCGAACAAAUUUCGCACAAAUCUAUUUCCCGGAGAUCCAGAAGUUCAAAGACUUGAGGGAAGGCAUGCAACUCAAGGGUCGAGUGGUGAACGUCACACCAAUGGGAGCGUUCAUUGACUGCGGAAUCGUCGGCGGAAUCAAUGCAUAUCUGAACGCAAAGGAAUGCCAAAGACAUGCCAUUGCCGUCAAUGAUAACGUUUUGGUCAAAAUUGUCUCCAUUGAGAAACUUUUGCAACGUUUCAAAGUCACUGUCGUUAAC